CGGACGGAGGCGGCGACCGCGGCGAGGAGUGUAGGCACCCCAUGGGGAACACGUUGACCUGUUGCGUGAAGCCCAGUGCCAGCCCCAACAUGGGCCGGCGCUCGAGGCCGGCAGAGCCGGACUACGAGUCUGAGGUCUAUGAGGCGGCGGCUGGGGACACGGUGGCAGUUGCACCUUCGCCCGCUGCCCUGGAGCCCGCAGAGUUGGAUUUCGGAACCGGCGAGGGCCACCACCUGCAGCACAUCAGCGACCGGGAGAUGCCGGACGAGUUAGCUUUGGAAUCAAACCCUUCUGACCAUCCAAGGGCAAGCACAAUUUUUCUGAAUAAAUCUCAAACGGAUGUGCGAGAAAAGAGGAAGAACAACUAUGUAAACCAUGUAUCUCCAGGGCACCUUACUAAAAAAUAUAGCUCAUGCUCAACUAUAUUUCUAGAUGACAGCACAGUCAGCCAGCCUAAUCUUAGAACCACAGUACAAUGUGUGACCUUAGCGAUAUAUUACCACAUAAAGAACAGAGAUGCAAAUAGAUCCUUGGAUAUAUUUGAUGAGAGAUCACAUCCACUCACGCGAGAAACGGUUCCAGAGGAACACUUUAAGCAUGAUCCCGAACACAAAUUUAUUUACAGAUUUGUUCGGACUCUCUUCAGUGCCGCACAGCUAACAGCUGAAUGUGCAAUAGUGACUUUGGUUUACUUAGAAAGGCUUUUAACUUAUGCGGAAAUUGACAUUUGUCCCACAAACUGGAAGAGAAUUGUUUUGGGAGCCGUUCUUCUUGCCUCCAAGGUUUGGGACGACCAGGCUGUAUGGAAUGUGGACUACUGCCAGAUCCUCAAGGACAUUACUGUUGAGGACAUGAAUGAGAUGGAAAAGCAUUUUUUAGAGCUACUUCAGUUUAAUAUUAAUGUUCCUGCCAGUGUUUAUGCCAAAUACUACUUUGACCUGCGUUCCUUGGCCGAUGACAAUGACCUGCCUUUUGUAUUUGCUCCUCUUAGCAGAGAAAGAGCACAGAACCUAGAGGCCAUUUCCAGAUUGUGUGAAGACAAAGACCUGUGCAGAGCUGCUCUGAGAAGGUCUCUCAGCGCCGAUAACUUCAUUGGUAUUCAGCGUUCUAAAGCCAUCCUCUCUUAAGGGAGAAGUGAGGGGUUGUAAUAUUAUGAGCCCCUCAUCUACAAGGACUGGAGAAAUAUCACCUCUCCUGCUCAAAAACCAGCAAAGUUGGUAUUUUCACCUAAAAGACAGACAUCAAGUUCUGAAGAGACUCGUGGACAGCAAGGACUGUGCUCAUAGGAAAGAAUGGGACCUUGUCAAUGCACACACUUUGUCCUUUACUAAACAGUUACAAAAGCCACUCCAAAGCUAACUCCCAACCCACACACAGGUAUCUGCCUACGGUGUAGGCUGAUAGCUGUGAACUAUGAGGUUUUUUUAAUUGAAGUUUAAAUUUUGAGACUUGAAAGACACUUAAAUAUAUAACUUAUGUCUUUCCUAUUUUCCUGAACUGCCCCCUCCAAAAAAGAAAGCAACCCUCCCAAUACUGCUGCAUAUUCCCUCACAAUCAACACAGUUUUACCACUAAAACAUGGGACUCCUAACAACUCAUAAGGCCACAGGAACAGACUGUAGCAUUGUUAAGUGUUGAAGGAUUCUUCAUACUACAUCAUGGAAGUGGCUAGUCAUUAUUGGCAAUCAGUUUAAACCAAAAAGCUGCUGAAAACACUUCUCAUUCACAUUCUUUGCAAGCACUACUAAUUAGCAUAUUAGCAUGUUUGGAAUAAGGGAAAGUCGUCAAUUAUCUACUUAUAUUGGGUCCACACUGCAUAUAUUAAGAACUAUAAUGGGAUUUAAAAAACCUACAAUGAUGCUUCUCACUUUUCUGAUGUUUCUUUGUUAAAUAAAUGUAUCAAAAGAUAUUUU